CCUCCUCUGCCUGGCAGUAGUCCCUCUCAGGCCGAGUAGGGGAGCAUUCACACCCCGCUGUCGGUGUUUAGCGGAUGGGGCUCUCAGCCUGAGCCGGAGGGAGGAGGAGGAGGAGGAGAAAGAUGACCGGUAUCCCGUGUCCCCGCAGGCUGGCCCGGCGCUCCAAGUCCGCCCUGCUGAUCGCCGCCUUGGCCGUGUUGCUGGUCCAGACCCUCAUCGUGUGGAACUUCAGCAGCCUGGACUCCGCAGGCGGCGGGGACGGAGGCGCCAGGAGCCGGGAGAAGAGAGAGGAGCGAGCCGGGGGGCUCAACAAAGCAGACAAGGAGCACCCGCGGAGGGGGCUGCAAAAGAAGGGCGACCCGCCGCCGCUCGGGAAGGCGGCCGUACAGCACAAGCUGCAGGCGCUUUGUGAUUCUGUAGUGAAAAUCAGUGAAGACUGAACACGUGUGAAGCUGAUAAAUUGUGUGG